AUGUAUGAUGCACAAAAACAGCAGUUGAAGAAUGAUUUAAGUGCACAUAGGAUCAACCUCACAACUGACACUUGGACAAGUGUCCAAAACACCAAUUACAUGGUGCUUACUGCACACUUUAUAGAUUGUGAUUGGAAAAUGCACAAAAGGGUUUUAAACUUUUGUGUUAUUCCUAAUCACCAAGGCAACACCAUAGGAGACCUCAUUGAGAGUUGUUUAUUACAAUGGGGUAUAGAGAAGGUUUUAACCAUUACUGUGGACAAUGCCUCUGCAAAUAAAGUGGCAAUUGAUUGGGUGAGAUAUAAAAUGAACAAAUGGAACAAUUCACAGGCUGUUUUGGGUGGGAAAUACUUACAUAUGAGAUGUUGUGCUCACAUCACUAAUUUAAUUGUGUCUAGUGGGUUGAGGAAGCUGCAAAAAUCUGUUAUGGCAAUUAGGAAUGCUGUGAGGUAUGUUCGGUCAUCUCCACAGAGAUUGGAUUAUUUUAAAACCUCUAUUGAGAAGGAAAAACUGACCUGCAAAGGUCUUGUAUGCAUGGAUGUCCCCACAAGAUGGAAUUCAACAUACAUGAUGUUGGAUGCAGCCUUGAAAUUUAAGAAGGCUUUUACUAGAAUGGCAGAGGAUUUGAACAGCCCAUUCAUGGCUUAUUUCAAAGAGGCAGAUGAGGUAGUUGAUGAGGAUGGUGUAGUUCAGACUAAUAGUAGGCAGUGUCGGGUUGGACCACCAACUGAUGUAGAUUGGGACAAUGCAACAGUGUUUGUGAGGUUUUUGAAGGUGUUUUAUGAGGUGACCUUAAAGGAGAUUGACAAGUUGUUUGUGGCACCUGAAUUUGCUACUGGUUCAGAUGCAGAGAAAGUGUUGACUGACAUGGCUGGAGCUAUGAGAACAAAAUACAAUAAGUAUUUUGUUAAAUAUCAAGAUUUGAACAUGUUAGUGUUGAUUGCACUUGUUUUGGAUCCAAGGUUCAAGUUGAGGCAUAUCACCCAUCUCUUUAAAAAGGAAAAAUUUGAUGAGGAUGAUGUGCAAAUAAAGACAAGAGAAGUGAAAAGUGUGUUAAUGGCUCUCUAUGAUGAGUAUGUACCAAAGGUAGAUGGUGGCAUUCACAUGAGACAAAAUUCUACCACAGAAAAUAUAGGAUCUGCAAGUGGUAGUAAUAAUAUUGGAGAAAGUGUUGGUGAUGAUUUUCUAGAUGAUUGGAUUAGGGAGGUGGAAGAGAGUGAUGAGACUGUGGUGUCACAUGAAGUUGAUUCUUACUUGACAGAUCCUUUGGCAUUUGUUUCCAAAGAUGUUUUUUUUGACAUAUUGAUGUGGUGGAAACUCAAUGGACCCAAGUAUCCUGUCUUAGCAGCAAUUGCGAAGGAUGUCCUUUCAAUUCAACCUUCCACAGUGGCAUCUGAGAGUUGUUUUAGCACUGGUGGCAGAGUCAUAGAUGCAUUUAGGAGUUCAUUAACUCCUAGAUCAGUGGAGGCUUUGAUAUGCAUGCAAAAUUGGUUGAAAGGGGAUGAAAUUUCAAGCUUAGAAGAUACACCUUCGAUUGAAGAAUUUGAAUUUUAUGAAACCAUUGAAUCAGAAUAUGCAAAUGAUGGGGAUACUUGA